UGAUUUCUAUCUAACAUGGCCAUAAAUUAUGCUCGAGUGACGUCGCUUCUUCGGCCCGAACCAAGGAAUCCCUUAGAUAUGAUGCAAAACGGAUCUUGUUCUAUCCUUGAUCAGAGAUUUCUCUAUGAAAAAAACGAAUCGGAGUUUGAAGAAGGGGAAGGGGCUCUCGACCCGCAACAGAUAGAGGAGGAUUUAUUUAAUCACAUAGUUUGGGCUCCUAGAAUAUGGCACCCUUGGGGCAUUCUAUUUGAUUGUAUCGAAAGGCCCAAUGAAUUGGGAUUUCCCUAUUGGUCCAGGUCAUUUCGGGGCAAGCGGAUCCUUUAUGAUGAAGAGGAUGAGCUUCAAGAGAAUGAUUCGGAGUUCUUGCAGAGUGGAACCAUGCAGUACCAGACACGAGAUAGAUCUUCCAAAGAACAAGGCUUUUUUCGAAUAAGCCAAUUCAUUUGGGACCCUGCAGAUCCACUCUUUGUCCUAUUCAAAGAUCAGUCCUCUGUCUCUGUGUUUUCACAUCGAGAAUUAUUUGCAGAUGAAGAGAUGUCAAAGGGGCUUCUUACUUCCCAAACAGAUCCUCCUACAUCUAUAUAUAAACGCUGGUUUAUCAAGAAGACGCAAGAAAAGCACUUUGAAUUGUUGAUUAAUCGCCAGAGAUGGUUUAGAACCACUAGUUCAUUAUCUAAUGGAUCUUUCCGUUCUAAUACUCUAUCCGAGAGUUAUCAGUAUUUAUCAAAUCUAUUCCUAUCUAACGGAACUCUAUUGGAUCAAAUGACAAAGACAUUAUUGAGAAAAAGAUGGCUUUUCCCGGAUGAAAUGAAAAUUGGAUUCAUGGAACAGGAGAAAGAUUUCCCAUUCCUUAGCCGGAAAGUUAUGUGGCCAUGAAAGGGGGGAUUAAGUGGAACAGAAUUUACUGGGUGGUAGAGUCGCGGAAACGCUUGUUUCUUCCAUAUUUUGGACCUUAGCUCCCUGGAACAAUAGGCUACUGCUGAAACACGGAAGAAUUGAAAUAUUAGAUCAAAACACUCUGUAUGGAUGGUAUGAACUGCCUAAACAAGAAUUCUUGAACAGCGAACAACCAGUUCAUAUAUUCACGACCAAGAAAAAAAGUACUGGAUUUUCUUUCGGAUAGGCCCUGAAAGCGAAGGAAGGCUGGAAUGCCAACAGGCGUCUAUUAUUGAAUUCACCCGACCCGAUAGUACCCAUUUUGGGAA